AUGCCCAUGCACAACGGCCUCUUGCCCCGCGAGGGCUUCAAGGCAGAUACGGUGUUUCGCGUGCUUGGCAAGACAGCCUUCAACCCCGCAUUCACCUUGCCUCUGCUCGUGCUUGCGAAGCUCACCAAGAAGGGCGAGAAUUACUCCAUUCUCCACCCCAAGGCCUUCUCGCGCCUCAAGCUCCUCUUCUACCUGGGUCUCGCCCGCUGGCUGAGCACCUGGUACUCCGCCGGCGUCGUCAACAACUGGCAGGACGACCAGUAUGACUGGCGCGGCCGCGAGAUCGUGCUCAUCACCGGCGGGUCGGGCGGCAUCGGGGGCCACGUCGUGAGGUUCCUCAGCGAGAAGGGGGUCAAGGUCGUGGUGCUGGACAUCCAGCCCCUGACCUAUGAAGCUCGCAAGUCCAUCCCACUCUGUGACAUCACGUCGCCAAAAGAGAUCGCGGCAGUGGCAAAGGACAUCCGCUCCAGGGUCGGCUACCCCACCGUGCUGAUAAACAACGCCGGCGUGGUCCGAGGCAGGACCAUCCUCGACUCGUCCGAGAAGGACAUUCGCUUCACCUUUGACGUUAACUCGCUGGCGCAUUACUGGAUCAUCAAGGAGUUCCUGCCGAGCCUGGUUGAGAAUAAUCACGGCAUGGUUGUGACGGUGGCUUCAAUCGCAGCAUGGUGCACUGUCCCAGACAUGGUUGACUACGCCGCCUCAAAACACGCAGCCCUUGCUUUUCACGAGGGCCUCGCGGCGGAGCUCGCAACCCGCUACGGCGCGAAAAAGGUGCGCACUGUCGUCGUCAACCAAGGAUACACGCGCACCCCCCUCUUCGAGGGCUACAACAACGGCGCCCCUUUUUUGAUGCCUGAACUCGAGCCCGAGACCGUCGCCGAGGCAAUUGUCAGGCAGGUCUUGAGUGGCAAGAGCGGCCAGAUCGUCCGCCCCACCUUCGCAAACUCGCUCAUCGUCCUUGCAGCCAUGCCACAUUGGUAUCAGUAUGGCCUGCGCGCCGACGGGCAAAAGAUCAUGAAGAAAUGGUCCGGCCGCCAGGUGGUGUCUGAUCUAGAUAAAUUCUACGGCGACAGAGACAAGAAUAUUGAAGUUGGCGACAGUACCGUAUUGGUUCCUCAGGAGUCGACUUGA